UGUGUAUGACAACCCGUCCUGUCAUUUGUUUGUGUGAGUAUGCAUUUGAAGAGCUCGGAGCGAGGGAGUGUGCCUUCUCAAAGAACGAGGAAGGAGUGUCAAUAACCAAAAGGGGUGUAGGAGCUAUAUCCCGAAAACCCUUUUGAUAUCCAGUGACAAAACCCACAUGGAGGGAGAAAAUGGUGGUCCUUCCAUCAGGCUAUUUUUCCUCAGGGCGGUUUCUGCCGUCUGCUGCAGCGUUGAGGUUUCCCUACUCUGAUGCAGUUAAAUACAGCGUCCUGGGCUUGUCGGUUGCUCUUCUUCUGGUGGCACUUGGUAUCUUGGCAUGGCAGGCCUAUAAAUGUUUCAAACGUCCGUCUGUCACACCUCAAACAGUGAAUGGUGAUUUGACGUACACAGAUGACGUAUCUAAAAUAACAGGACAGUACAGAGGAAUUCCAACUAUCAAGGUCGAGGAUGCCGACAUGGACAUCUUGGAAGCCACACAGGAAGCAGGAGAGGAUAAAACGAUUCAAGGAUGGCUCCACUAUUCUGUGUAUUAUGAUGCACAGCAGAACCAGCUUGUAGUUACUAUCUUGGAGUUGGAGGGGAUUCAGCAGCAAAGACAAACCAGCAGCCUCCAGCUGUUUGUCCAACUAAAGCUUUUAUGGACCGGAUCCAAGACGAAGGGGCCAUACAUUGAUGAAGUGGAUGAAGGGACACCACUUGCCCUGCGCACAGUGCUGCAGGACUGGCGGACUCGCAUUGUCAAGGGCACCUGCAACCCAUUGUUUGGAGACCAAUUCACCUGUAUUCUGCAUGAUGAAAAAGAGCUUGAUCGCAUGGACCUUCGAAUGGAGGUGAGAGACUUUGAUAAAUUCUCCAGACACGCAGCAUUGGGAGAGGUGAGGACCCCUCUGAAGCAACUCAAUAUCUCCUACCCUCUGGAGCUAAAAGGAAAGCUCAACACUCCGCAGAAGGACCUUGUAGGGGAAGUUCUUUUGUCACUGAGGUUCCUCCCAACUUCUCAAAGGAUUGAGGUUGGAGUGCUAAAAGUUCGAACAGUCCAUAAGGAGCAACACUUGGAUGCAGUCUUCUAUGCCAGGGUCAGCGUGCAGUGCAACCAGUGCAAGUUGAAGUACCAGAAAACCUCAGCAGUGACCCGUGACACAAUGACUGUCUUCAAUGAAGUUCUUGUUUUCUCCUUGCCAGAACUUCCCGUGCGACAGGUUAAAAUUUUAGUCUCUGUUUUUGAGACCCAGUCAAGUAGGAAAUCAUCCAAGCACCUCAUAGGACAGUUAAUUGUGAAGAGGGACAAUCAUUCCGAAAAUGAACACUUGGGUCUUAUGCUCCGCUCCAUCCGUCAGCCCAUAGCCAAGUGGCAUUCCCUACUCAUCUAAGUUUUGUCUCAAGAACUUUAUCUACACCUCCAGGAUGAUUGAUUUACUUAUUAAAUGAAGUGGGUAGUGCUUUUCAGAAAUUUACUAAUUUACACCAAACUACUUUUAACACAUUAUUUUGUUCCUGACAUCCAGGAAAAUCUGACACUGACAACUCAUUCAUAUUUUAGGGGUAUUCGCUUAUUGUAGAAUGACUGCAUGACAGUCCCUGUAUUGUUUUGGAACAAGCCUUUGUCAACCUCUAGUGGUUCGAUAUUUUUUUGCUACUGCCUUAAAUCAAUAUAUCAUUGUUGAAAUUGUUAAUAUUCUUACAAAAACAUUUGAGUAAAAUACCUUGCUGACUGUUUUUGGAAAACAUGGACAACUGGAUGCUCGUAAUCAGAUGGUGUCAUACUGUUGCAGAACAAUGGGUUCGACAAACAGUAGGGUUCUUUUGAAUGAAAUGACUUGCUUGUGAAUUAUAUUUUUGGUAGACUACAUUGCGGUGGAUUGCUUUUUACUUACACGUUUACUACUUUGUUUUGGGAGGCUACCAUCACCAAAGCUUGUCAAUGAUACGAUGCCUUCCUGUCCAGCUUUGAAAGGAACAAGAAUUGGAUUAACGAUAACCCCCACUCCCCUGGUGUAGCGCCAUCCCUGAUUGUCAGACAACAACAAUAAAAUGACCUUAAAUAUAUUGAUUAUUUCAAAAUAGUUUUAUUGUGGUACAUUUCACAUCAUAUUAUAUGAGUUGAAAGAGCCCACUGAAGAAUCAACUUUAUUCAGCUGUUUCUUUCCCCUGUAAGAAAAUAAAAAUUUUAGUGUUAAAAAUGAAUUUUGUGUGGCAUAAAACACAAUGCAGAACCUUGUUUAGUCAUGUGAAUUGUCCGUACGCACCUUGCCAGAGUCACGGCUUUUGGCUCUUAGUUUGUUGACCUGAGACUCUGCAAUGUCUGCACGCUCCUCAGCCUCCUCCAGCUCAUGCUGGACCUUCCUGCACUUGGACAGGUGAACAUUGGCCUGCUCCUCCUGGAAAGUCAGACAGAAAAAAUAAGUUGGAAAUGAAAGUUUUCAGCUCAAAUGAAUUACCAUGAUAGACAUUGCCCAUAGUCAUUUUCUUAUUCAUACUUACCGCUUCCUCAGCCUGCCUCUUGUAGGCCUUCACCUUGAGCUGUAACUUAUCAACCAGAUCCUGGAGUCUUGCAACGUUUUUCUUGUCCUCUUCAGUCUGUAAAAUAAAAAUCACAUCUGCCA